GGCUGCUGCUCUAGGCUCAUCUGCUCAGUGUAUUCAGGACUCUGCAGUCACAUGACCAUUAUCACAGGUCCUUCACACACAAUCUCUUCUAUCUAGCACUGCUGAGCUCCGCCCACUUCUGUCACAUGAUCCUUCCCACAGGUCCUUUAGCCACAGUCACAUCUAUACUGCUAAAUUUUCCUCCAAAUGUACUGGUCACAUGAUUGUGACAUCAUCACAGGUCCUACACCUCCAGCAUGUAGCAGAUACAGAGCAGGUCCUGGUGGGGCAGUCACUGCUGUUGUGUUGUGUGUGGAGAUCUCUCAGAGCAGCAGCCUCUGAUCAUGUGACUCCUCCUCCUCCAUGUGACUGAUCACAUGAUGGUGACAUCAUCGCAGGUCCUGUAAGCACACGGCUCCUCUACAGAUACAGGUUUCUCCAAUCCAGGAUCCUCUGCUGAUAUCUUCUAUAUAAGAGAAUUCUCCUGGAUGACCCAUCAACCAUGGAGAGAGACAGGAACAAGAUGGCCGACAGGAUCAUAAACCUCACCCUACAGAUACUCUUCCGGCUUACUGGAGAGGAUUACACAGUAGUGAAGAAGUCCUCUAGUGGGCGCUGUCGGGCCCCUGUGUGUGAAGGAUGGGGAAGAACCCUGAGCCCAAUCCCGGGGCCCCCACCUCACUCCCUGAUACAUGAGGAAAUUGUUGAACAGAAGAUCCGAGAACUCAUCAACAAGAUGAUGGAGCUGAUGACUGGAGAGGUUCCUAUAAGGUGUCAGGACGUGGCGGUCUAUUUCUCCAUGGAGGAGUGGGAGUAUGUAGAAGGACACAAGGAUCAGUACAAGGAUCAGGUCAUGAUGGAGGAUCAGCAGCCCCUCACAUCACCAGUCAGAUCCAGUAAGAGAACAGCACCAGAGAGGUGUCCCCGUCCUCUUCUUCCACAGGAUGAUCAGGUAGAUGGAGAUAUUCCCUAUGAUCUGUAGAAGGGCUGUGAAGCUCUUGUGGUCAGUCCCCUCACCCUCCAUGACUCCUCAUCUCCUGCUCAUCUAUAACAUCCCACGUGACUUCUCCUACUGUCUGAUGACUUUUACUAUAUUUCUUCCAUAUUUUAUGAGUCAGGGAGAAGAUCUGAACAAUAUUAAUGCUUCAGAGACAGAUGUGAGCAAUGAUGAACAGUAUAAGGAGAACAUUUCUACAGGGAAAGAUCUGAUCUAUAUUAAUGCUACAGACAUAAAGGAAGAAGAGACAGACGUGAGCGGUGAUGAGCAGUAUAAGGAGGACAUUCCUACAGAGAGAGAUCUGAUCUAUAUUAAUGCUACAGACAUAAAGGAAAAAGAAGAGACAGAUGUGAGCGGUAAUGAGCAGUAUAUGGAGGACAUUCCUAAAGGGAAAGAUCUGAUCUAUAGUAAUACUACAGACUUACGGGAAGAAGAGACAGAUGUGAGCGGUGAUGAGCAGUAUAAGGAAGACAUUCCUACAGGUAACCACGCCGAUUCUUGUACCAGGAGAUCAGAGGAGAAUCUUAUAUCUUCAGAUUAUAAAGCAGAUGAUGAUAUCACACAAGAUACAUAUGAAGAACAUUCCAUUAUCCCAGAUACACCCUCAGCCCUUCACAGCCAAGAUCUGUCAUCUCAUCCUUAUAUACAGGUCCUGUCUUCUCACUCAUCACAGGAUGUUCAGCAAAAUAAAGGUCACAGAAGGGGUGUUGGACAUCAACGAGCUCAUACAGUAAAGAAACCAUAUUCAUGCUCCGAAUGUGGGAAAUGUUUUCCUUAUAAAUCACGUCUUGUUGUACAUCAAACAAAUCACACAGGAGAGAAGCCAUUUUCAUGUUCAAUAUGUGGGAAAUGUUUUACUCAGAAAUCAGAACUUGUUGUACAUCAAAUAACUCACACAGGGGAUAAGCCAUAUUCAUGCUCAGAAUGUGGGAAAUGUUUUACCAAGAAAUGUAAUCUUAUUCAACAUCAAAUAACUCACACAGGAGAGAAGCCAUUUUCAUGCUCAGAAUGUGGGAAAUGUUUUACUUUUAAAUCAAGUCUUGUUGUACAUCAGAGAACUCACACAGGAGAGAAGCCAUUUACAUGUUCAGAAUGUGGGAAAUGUUUUACUCAGUCAUCACAUCUUAUUGAACAUCAAAGAACUCACACAGAAGAGAAGCCAUUUUCAUGUUCAGAAUGUGGGAAAUGUUUUACUCAGCAAUCAAGUCUUAUUCAACAUCAAAAAACUCACACAGAGGAGAAGCCUUUUUCAUGUUCUGAAUGUGGGAAAUGUUUUACUCAGCAAUCAAGUCUUAUUCGACAUCAAAAAGCUCACACAGAAGAGAUGCCAUUUUCAUGUUCUGAAUGUGGGAAAUAUUUUACUUUUAAAUCAAGUCUGGUUGUACAUCAAAGAACUCACACAGGAGAGAAGCCAAUUUCAUGCUCAGAAUGUGGGAAAUGUUUUACUUUUAAAUCAAGUCUUGUUGUACAUCAGAGAACUCAAACAGGAGAGAAGCCAUUUUCAUGUUCAGAAUGUGGGAAAUGUUUUACUCAGUCAUCACAUCUUAUUGAACAUCAAAGAACUCACACAGAAGAGAAGCCAUUCUCAUGUUCAGAAUGUGGGAAAUGUUUUACUAAGAAAUCCUAUCUUCUUCAACAUCAAAGAACUCACACAGGAGGCAAGCUGUUUUCAUGUUUAGAAUGUGGGAAAUGUUUUGCUCAGAAAUCAACUCUUCUUCAGCAUCAAAGAACUCACACUGGGGAGAAGUCAACUCAGAUCAAUAAAGGAUCUGCCCCGACAAGUAUUCACCUCAUCAUCCGAGAGCAAGAAGAUAAAUCAUGUGCAGGAAUAUCCCCUCAAAUGUCUCCAUAUAACAUCCUGGAAUUGUAUAGAAUUAAAUGUUUAUUCACAAUACAGGUUCCUAUAAGGUGUCAGGACGUGGCGGUCUAUUUCUCCAUGGAGGAGUGGGAGUAUGUAGAAGGACACAAGGAUCAGUACAAGGAUCAGGUCAUGAUGGAGGAUCAGCAGCCCCUCACAUCACCAGUCAGAUCCAUUAAGAGAACAGCAGCAGAGAGGUGUCCCUGUCCUCUAAAUGAGCAGAAUAUGGAGGACAUUACUACAGAGAAAGAUCUGAUCUAUAUUAAUGCUACAGACAUAAAGGAUGAAGAAGAGACAGACGUGAGCAAUGAGCAGUAUAAGGAGGACAUUCCUGCAGGGAAAGAUCUGAUCUAUAUUAAUGCUACAGACAUAAAGAAAGAAGAAGAGACAUAUGUUAGCAGUGAUGAGCAGCAUAAGGAGAACAUUCCUACAGGGAAAGAGCUUAUCAAUAUUUAUGCUACAGACAUAAAGAAAGAAGAAGAGACAGAUGUGAGCGGUGAUGAGCAGUAUAAGGAGGACAUUCCUACAGGGAAACAUCUGAGCUCUAUUAAUGCUACAGACCUAAAGGAAGAAGAAGAGACAGAUGUAAGCAGUGAUGAACAGUAUAAGGAGGGCAUUUCUACAGGGAAAGAUCUUAUCUAUAUUUAUGCUACAGACAUAAAGAAAGAAGAAGAGACAGAUGUGAGCGGUGAUGAGCAGUAUAAGGAGGACAUUCCUACAGGGAAACAUCUGAGCUCUAUUAAUGCUACAGACCUAAAGGAAGAAGAAGAGACAGAUGUAAGCAGUGAUGAACAGUAUAAGGAGGGCAUUUCUACAGGGAGAGAUCUGCUCUAUAUUAAUGCUACAGACAUAAAGAAAGAAGAAGAGACAGAUGUGAGCAGUGAUGAGCAGUAUCAGGAGGGCAUUUCUACAGGUAACUGCCCAGAUUCUUGUACCAGGAGAUCAGAGGAGAAUCUUAUAUCUUCAGAUUAUAAAGCAGAUGAUGAUAUCACACAAGAUACAUAUGAAGAACAUUCCAUUAUCCCAGAUACACCCUCAGCCCUUCACAGCCAAGAUCUGUCAUCUCAUCCUUAUAUACAGGUCCUGUCUUCUCAGUCAUCACUGGAUGUUCAGCUAAAUAAAAGUCACAGAAGGGGUGUUGGACAUCAACGAGCUCAUACAGGAAAGAAACCAUAUUCAUGCUCAGAAUGUGGGAAAUGUUUUACUAAGAAAUCAGAUCUUGUUAAACAUCAAAUAACUCACACAGUGGAGAAGCCAUUUUCAUGUUCAGAAUGUGGGAAAUGUUUUCCUUUUAAAUCAGGUCUUGUUAUACAUCAAAGAACUCACACAGGAGAGAAGCCAUUUUCAUGUUCAGAAUGUGGAAAAUGUUUUAGUCAGAAAUCAGACCUUGUUCAUCAUCAAAGAACUCACACAGGAGAGAAGCCAUUUUCAUGUUCAGAAUGUGGGAAAUGUUUUCCUUUUAAAUCAGGUCUUGUUGUACAUCAAAUAACUCACACAGGGGAGAAGCCAUUCUCGUGUUCAGAAUGUGGAAAAUGUUUUAGUCUUCAAUCAAAUCUUGUUCAACAUCAAAGAACUCACACAGAGGAGAAGCCAUUUUUAUGUUCAGAAUGUGGGAAAUGUUUCUCUCACAAAUCAAGUCUUGUUAAACAUCAAAUAUCUCACACAGAGGAGAAGCCAUUUUCAUGUGCAGAGUGUGGGAAACAUUUUACCCAGAAAUCCUAUCUUGUUGAACAUCAAAGAACUCACACAGGGGAGAAGCCAUUUUCAUGUGCAGAAUGUGGGAAAUGUUUUGUUCAGAAAUCCGAUCUUGUUAAACAUCAAAGAACUCACACAGGGGAGAAGCCAUUUUCAUGUGCAGAAUGUGGGAAAUGUUUUACUCAGAAAUCAGACCUUGUUGUACAUCAAAGAACUCACACAGGAGAGAAGCCAUUUUCAUGUUCAGAAUGUGGGAAAUGUUUUACUCAGAAAUCAGAUCUUGUUCAUCAUCAAAGAACUCACACAGGAGAGAAGCCAUUUUUAUGUUCAGAAUGUGGGAAAUGUUUCUCUCACAAAUCAAGUCUUGUUAAACAUCAAAGAUCUCACACAGAGGAGAAGCCAUUUUCAUGUGCAGAGUGUAGGAAACUUUUUACCCAGAAAUCCUAUCUUGUUGAACAUCAAAGAACUCACACAGGGGAGAAGCCAUUUUCAUGUGCAGAAUGUGGGAAAUGUUUUGCUCAGAAAUCAGAUCUUGUUAAACAUCAAAGAACUCACACAGGGGAGAAGCCAUUUUCAUGUGCAGAAUGUGGGAAAUGUUUUACUCAGAAAUCAGACCUUGUUGUACAUCAAAGAACUCACACAGGAGAGAAGCCAUUUUCAUGUCCAGAAUGUGGGAAAUGUUUUUGUUUUAAAUCAGGUCUUGUUGUACAUCAAAGAACUCACACAGGAGAAAAGCCCUUUCCAUGUUCAGAAUGUGGAAAAUGUUUUAUUCAGAAAUCAGACCUUGUUGUACAUCAAAGAACUCACACAGGAGAGAAGCCAUUUUCAUGUGCAGAAUGUGAAAAAUGUUUUGCUGAUAAAUCACAUCUUGUCAGACAUCAAAGGAUUCACACAGGAAAGAAGCCAAUUUAGAGUAAUAUAUAUUAACAAUGUGCACAGGAUAGUUGACAGAUAUAUAUAUAAGUUUUUUCCCUUGUUUUUUAU